GGCCCGACUCCUUUGUAGGAGGGAGGGAUAUUUCAUUGCUGUAGCCCGGUGUCGGUAAUAUUCCAACCUGCGGUGUUAGACGAAGGACUGGAAAAAUUCCAAUACACCGGCGAGGAACCGUGACCGAUCACCUACAGAACAGUCUGCUUAAAAGACGAACUAACCUGCGUUUACAUUUUUAAACUUGAAAAGAAAUAAGAAUCUGCAGCCAUGUCUAUGAACGUCCACAUCAACAGCCCUAAUGUGAAGUACACAGACACGCACAUAGAGGCUCAGUACUGCUAUCAGACCUCAUCUGUGCACAGAGAUGGGAACACAGUCACCGUGACCCCCUGCUCUACCGAGAUGACCUUCCGCACCCAGAGGCGCGUGCCCAGGCUGGGCGUGAUGCUGGUGGGCUGGGGAGGCAACAACGGCACCACGGUCACUGCAGCAGUUCUGGCCAACAAGCUGGGUCUGGCGUGGAAGACCAAAACUGGAGUGAAGACAGCAAACUACUUCGGCUCCUUCCUUCAAGCGUCUACUGUCUGUCUGGGAUCAGGGCUUGAGGGCGAGGUCAACGUGCCUUUCCGUGACCUGCUACCUAUGGUGCACCCUAAUGAUAUUGUCUUUGAUGGCUGGGAUAUCUCCUCAAUGGAUCUUGGCAGUGCAAUGGAGAGGGCUCAGGUGCUCGACUGGUCGUUACAAGAGCAGCUUCGACCACACAUGAGUAGAAUGAAACCAAGACGCACUAUCUAUAUACCAGAAUUCAUUGCUGCAAACCAGGAGAGUCGAGCUGAUAAUGUCCUUACUGGAACCAUGGCAGAGCAGGUGGAACAGAUCCGAGCUGACAUAAGGGACUUCCGCCUGUCAAGUGGUGUGGAGAAAGUCAUUGUCCUGUGGACUGCCAAUACUGAGCGUUUCUGUGAUGUGGUGCCCGGUGUUAAUGACACUGCUAAGAACCUGCUCGCUGCAGUUCAGGCUGGAGCAGAGGUUUCCCCCUCCACAUUGUUUGCUGUGGCCAGUAUACUGGAGGAUUGCGCCUACAUCAACGGCUCUCCUCAGAACACCUUCGUCCCAGGCGCCAUAGAGCUUGCCACGCAGCGAGGUGUGUUCAUUGGAGGAGAUGACUUCAAGUCUGGUCAGACCAAGAUUAAAUCAGUAUUAGUGGACUUUCUUGUCAGCGCAGGCAUCAAGCCAACCUCCAUUGUCAGCUACAAUCACCUUGGCAACAAUGAUGGGAAAAACCUGUCGGCUCCACAGCAGUUUCGUUCAAAAGAGAUCUCCAAGAGCAACGUGGUGGACGACAUGGUCCAGUCAAACCCGAUCCUUUACCAGCCUGGAGAAAAACCUGACCACUGUGUGGUGAUUAAGUAUGUCCCAUAUGUGGGAGACAGCAAGCGUGCCAUGGAUGAAUACACAUCUGAAAUAAUGAUGGGAGGCAUCAAUACAAUUGCACUACACAACACCUGUGAGGACUCUCUAUUAGCCAGCCCAAUCAUCCUGGAUUUGGUGAUCCUGACAGAGCUUUGUCAGCGUGUGACUGUUCGUCCUGAAGGCGAGGAUGAGUUCCAGUCCUUCCACAGCAUCCUAUCACUGUUGUCCUUCCUGUGCAAGGCCCCCCUGGUCCCAUCAGGAACCCCAGUCGUCAACGCCUUCUUCCGCCAGAGAGCCAGCAUAGAAAACAUCAUGAGAGCAUGCAUCGGCCUUCCUCCUCAGAACCACAUGUUGCUGGAGCACAAACUGCAGAGAAACUUCCUGCCUCUGAAGACCACUCACGUCAACGGCUACACUGCUUUAAAAAAGGUUCCCCUCCCUGAGAAUCGAGUAUCAAUAACAAAUGGCUUGUGUGCUUAUGGCAAUGAUGUUGCAUGUGCCUUAUGAUUUUAAGGGCCUUGCAGUUCAUGGAAAAAAACAUAAACAUAAUACAUUAAACAAAAGCCAUCAGGGAUACAGAAUACAUAUUCACAUACAUUCAUACAAAAUGCAAAUAAGUCAGGUAUCAAGCAUGUGUGAGCAUUUUAGUUGUUGUUUUUUAAUACCAUACUUGAAACUAUUAAUGUAGCCUGGUUGAAUAUCCUUUGCUUGAGGCCUAUGUGAACUUUACAUACUAUAACCACUCCAUUUCAUUGCAGGAUGUUUUGUUCAUAGUUUUUAUGCACAAGAGACUGUAAUAAUUUAAUAUGAAGUGUUUUUUUAAGUAAAAUACCAGUAUGCUUUGUUUUUAAUGUUUGUGUGUCUCAAUGCAGUUUGUCUAAUGCAUCUGUAUGACCCUGUGCAGUUCUCAGAUUUUCCUUUUUCACAAUUGGAGGAUCAAAUAACUGCUGACUGGUGUGUGAGUGAGGGAAAGCAGCUGAAAGUGUCACACUGUCCACUCAGAUUGAGGAUACCCCAUAUUGUUUAAAGUUAAUACUUGUAUUAGUUAACAACUAAGGUAAUAUUAAAAGUGAGAGUUUAGUAACAAACACGAAAGGUCUCGAUAAACUAUUUGUUUUGGAACACUACAAUGUUUAACUGUCUAAUUAAAACUGACGUCAACCUGCCUCCAUCAUGUACUGUAGGAGCUUCCUUUCUGCUCGUUCUGUUUACGCAGCAGUGUUUGUUAAGGAGACAUUUUAAUGACAGGAAAUUGUUGCCAUUAGAAAUAAAUAUAAAGAAUUGCU